AUGACACAGUCCAAUGACGCCCUCCAAGAGGAGCUGUGUGUAGUAAAGGUGGAGCUGCAGCAGAGAGAGAGGGACAUCGAUGCCCUGACCAUGCCACCAACAGAGUAGCCCCAUCAGCCUGGUAGAAGCCCAGAUACCCCUGAGCCCAGUGCAGCCUUCACCCCAUCUGCCUCAGAAGCCUCUUAGCGUCCACCCUGACCCGCCAACCUCCCAGCCUGCCACAGCCCACCCUGCCUCGCCAACCUCCCAGCAGUCUGGCCAUGUUCAGCUGAACACACCUCCAGAGGAGAGGGGACAGGAUCCAGUUCAACCCAGGAGACCUCCCAAAACUGCAGUUCUGAUAGACUCUAAUGAUAAGUAUCUGGAAGAUAGGAGACUAUUCCCCAGACACCAGACAACUAAAUUCUGCUGACUGCUCUAUCAAGCCAAGCUGGAAGAUCCUGAGAACCUUAUCAUACAUACUGGGACAAAUGACCUGCACACAAAAGGAGAACGUGUGCUUGAGGAAGUGAGAAAGGUGGCAGAGAAAGCACAAACCCUGUUCCCAAGGACAAACACAAACAAGGAAGAUAUUUCCUUCUACCAAGGAAAGAUCUCCCCUGGCAAAUGAUCCACAAUGUCAACCAAAAAAUGGACAGUGCCUCACUACCAAAUGUCAGCAUCUCUAACCACCACACCCUAACAUGUGAGCACUUGUACGACCAUGAACACCUGGACUAUGAGGGAGUCAGAAUCUUUGCCAAGGACCUGAGUUCCAAAAUCAUACCAGCCCAGCAACAUAGCACCCCCCACCUCCCCGCUAUCCAAGGAGAGAGAGGAGGCCAAUCUCAUCUCAGCUGA